AUGACGAAUAUUUCCUUUUUGAGCAAACCCUUGCACCAUCUUUGUAGCUCAACUUGGUGUCGGAUGUCAUGUUUCUACCGUUUAAUCCUUCUUAGAGUGAAUUCUUUUUGUAUUCAACUUUGCUACUUUAUCUCUGUUUCCUUCUUUGGUUUUGUUGUUCUAAAGGUUUUGAAGCCAAGAACCCAUGAUUCUUUUAGGCCUAGGAACUUAGAUUUGUUCUUCACGUCCGUGUCUGCCACUACAGUUUCAAGUAUGUCCACCGUUGAAAUGGAAGUUUUCUCCAAUUCCCAACUCAUUGUUUUAAUCAUUUUAAUGUUCAUUGGUGGAGAAAUUUUCACCUCCAUGGUUGGACUUCAUUUCAAGAAGUUUCAACUUCAAAUUUUGAAAAACAGAAUUUCUUCUGUCACAAAUAAUGAUCUGCAUAGCACCGACCAACCCGAGACAGAAAUGGUAGCAAACCCAGAUUUUGAAAAUCUUGAAUCAGGAAAGGAUGAUACUUCAUUAGAUAGUUGUAGUUUUGAGUUUUUGAAGUACAAAUCGAUCAAGUUUUUGUGUUUUGUGGUUUUAGGUUAUUUUCUCGUUGUUCAAGUCCUAGGAAUUGCGCUAGUUUCCAUCUAUCUAUCCCUUGUUUCUGGUGCAAGAAAUGUACUAAAAAACAAGGGACUAAACUUGUUCACAUUUUCUCUCUUUACCAUUGUUUCAACUUUUGCAAAUUGUGGUUUUCUUCCAACAAAUGAAAACAUGGCAGUCUUUAAAAGCAAUUCAGGUCUCUUACUAAUCCUCAUCCCUCAAAUUCUUCUUGGAAACACACUGUUUCCUUCUUGCUUAAGAUUUUCUAUUUGGUUCUUGGGAAAAUUUUUCAAGAAAGUAGAAUCAAAUUACCUAUUGAAUAAAAAAAAUGAAGUAGGAUAUUUUCACUUGUUACCAAGCCAGAAUUCAUCAUAUUUGAUUGUUACUGCUUUUGGGUUCAUCAUGACUCAAUUUGUAUUAUUUUGCUCCAUGGAGUGGAAUUCAGCUGGAUUAAGCGGACUAAAUUCUUACCAGAAAAUUAUAGGUGUAUUAUUUCAGACCAUAAAUACAAGAUAUGCUGGAGAAAGUAUUGUGGACCUCUCAACUAUCUCCUCAGCACUAUUGGUGCUAUUUGUGGUUAUGAUGUAUCUUCCUCCUUAUACUUCUUUCCUUCCCAUAAAAGACGAUGAAGAAACGUUCGAGAAGAAAAGAAAUAAAAGAGGAAAGCUUUUGGAGAAUAUAUUAUUCUCUCAACCACCAUAUUUGGCCAUUUUCACUAUCCUUAUAUGUAUCACAGAAAGACAAAAAUUGAAGGAAGAUCCUCUCAAUUUUAAUGUAUUGAAUAUUUUGGUUGAAGUUGUCAGUGCAUAUGGAAGUGUAGGGUUUACAGCAGGCUACAGUUGUAACAGACAAAUACAAUCCAAUAUUAAUUGUGCGAACAAAUUUUAUGGAUUUUCAGGAAAAUGGAGUGAUGAAGGGAAGAUUAUACUCAUAGUGGUAAUGUUCUUUGGAAGACUUAAGAAGUUCAAUAUGGAAGGUGGUAAAGCUUGGAAACUUUUGUAA